ACCCGGAAGCAGCCCAAGGAGCCGGGAGCAGCCGGGCGGAGGGACGUUCCGCGCAGGGAAGAAGCGUCGCAGGCAGCCAGGCUGGCGGUCUGUGACCAAACAAGGGGAAAAGCAGGUCUCUCCCAGACAGGAGUGAUCGUCCCACCUGUCUCCAAUGAAAUUAAGCAAGCUCUGGUAACCAGGAAAAUCAAGAAUAGUGAGCUCUGUGUAGCUCAACAAGCCUUGGUUCUCCUCUCCAGAGGACUUGUCAGUCCAUCUUCCAUAGUGAUUGUUCCUCAUCAAAGAUUACAUGAUGGGUUACCAGUAUGCUGCCAAGAUCCAGGUAGAGUGGCUCGUGUUUUUGUGUAUGGAACCCUUAAAAAAGGCCAGCCCAACUACCAGCACAUGAUAAAUGGUACCCAUGGGAGAACAAAAUUCCAAGGCAGGGGACGCACCGUGGAGAAAUACCCUUUGGUGAUUGCAGGAAAAUAUAACAUUCCUUUUUUGCUGAACAUCCCAGGAACUGGACACCAUGUUACUGGAGAGAUUUAUUCUGUUGAUGACCAGAUGCUGCAAUUCCUUGAUGAAUUUGAAGGUUGCCCAGACAUGUAUCAACGUACUCCAGCGAGAAUUGUAGUAGUAGAGUGGGAAGGUAAAAGCAGUGCACCUGAAGAGAGGCCAGCUGGUAACAGCAUUAUGGAAUGCUUUGUGUACAGCACAACUACCUACCAGCCAGAGUGGAUAAAUCUCCCUUACUAUGACAAUUAUGAUUCCUUAGGGAAUCAUGGUCUUCAUUAUGUGCUACGUGAAAGUAGAGAUUAAAAAUGGAAGGUAACACAAUGUAUUAAGAAAAUGCACUAAACACAUGUUGAUCACAAGCCUCUCUCAAGUAAAUCUAGAAUACUUUUAUUGAAGCACCUAAGACCUUUUGUAACCUUUCUAACCACAAAAGCAUUGAUUCUAAGGGCUGGUCCACACUAACCCCCCACUUCGAACUAAGAUACGCAACUUCAGCUACGUGAAUAAUGUAGCUGAAGUCGAAGUAUCUUAGUUCAAACUUACCACGGGUCCACACACGGCAGGCAGGCUCCCCCGUUGACUCCAUGUACUCCUCUCAUGGAGCAGGAGUACCGGUGUCGACGGUGAGCACUUCCGGGAUCGAUCCCAGAAGAUUGAUUGCUUACCUCCGGGUCCGGAGGUAAGUAUAGACGUACCCUAACAUCAUUAUAAUAGAGAUACAGACUCUAAUGCCAAGCCUGGCAAAAUUUUACUUGUUCCCUCGGCCAAGAUGAAUAAUUGUUUUUGAUUGGUGAGCAAAAUACUUUGUGUUUGGGUUUUUUCUUUCUUUUGUAAAAUCAAGGUAAAAGGGCAGCUGAGUAGAAGGAGUCUUCACGCUAACUGGUAAAGUUUCAUGUCAGUUUUGUAAAACUGGUAAAAUCCUGCUACUGCAAGAUAAUGAAAUAUGGCUGAUUUCAGUAUAUUGGAAAAACAGCUCAGAUUACUUCACGACACUCCUCAGUCAGUAUGUCUCAAAAGAAAACAAUUACAUCCAUGUCAAAUGCUGUAAGAAAAAAAAAAAAAAGCGAUAGAAAAUGUAGUAAAGAGAAUUAAAAAAGCCCGAAAAUAGAAUGAACUUCUCACUGUGAGGUGUAACAAACUCUGCUGAAUUUUGUCUGUUAAAGCUAACUUGAUUGUAACAAUUGUUUGUAAGAUCCCCUGGGUUUAUAAAAUGUAUUAGGAUAAAAUCUUGGGAAUGUACAGGAGUUAAAUUUAAAAUGUGUUUAUUUUGUCCCACUAGACCAUACCAGCACUUUUGGUGCCAUUACAGUCUACUGAGUAAAUGUUUGCUCAGGGACUUGGUAAAAGCUGAUUUUAGCUGCCCCAUAUAUUAUAGGACUGUUUUAGCAAAGUACUUAGUGAUAUAAUAGCUCAUAAGUCUCUAGGAAAUCUUUAAUGCAAAAAUCACAAAUACAUGAAACUGAACUGUUUUUUUGGUAAGCAAAGACCUUCUUUAAUAUUUUUUAAAUGUAAAAAAGGAUUUAGUCCUUUUUCUUUUGCACUAUUUAGGCAAACACUUUUUUCUCUUGCUGCUUGAUACCGAGUAGGUCCUCUACUUUGCAUGUAAUAUUCACAGAGCACAUGUUACAUUCAUUGUACAAACCUGUCAAUGAGGGGAGGGUGUGUGUAUGAAAUGUAAUCUGUAGAAUAAGCCAAAUUACACUUGCAGUGUGGUUCCUUGUACUGGGGAUAUAUCAUCAAGGUUAUAUACGAGGGAUCAGAAACCUUUGGCAUGCGGCUUGCCAGGGUACGCCCCUUGGCGGGCUGAGCCAGUUUGCUUACCUGCCACGUCUGUGGGUUCGGCUGAUCACGGCUCCCACUGGCUGUGGUUUGCUGCUUCAGGCCAAUGGGAGGGACAGGAAGCAGUGGUCACUGCUUCUGAUGACAAUGGGAGAUUUGCAAACUGAUCCAGGGAACAAUAUGUUCUUAUUAAAUAAUUGUAACGUUGUAUGCAGAAUCACAUGGAAAAAUUAUACAGGGUACGUUUAACCAUGCCACUAAGAUCACUAGGGCUUUUAUUUGAGGCUGCCUGACCGUUUUUCUUCAAAACUGUAAGGGCUAAAAACAUUUUUACUGAAACUUGGAAGAAUCUUGCAUGGUUUCUUGCUAAAUAUCUCAAGCAGACAGUUCUAUCACAUACUGCUGUAAAACUAGGACAUUGGAAUGGAUACACUGUUGAAUACUGAAUUAAGUAUCGUGAUGCUUGACCAAGUAAAGUGGUCAGAGUAUAGGACAGGGAGGGGCCAUGUCUACAUUACAAUCUAGGUUAGUAAUUACUGGGGUGGCUGAUGUCCACACUACUCACCAGGAGCACUUCCAUUGAGGAGACCCAGGGCUGUCAGCUCCCCAGUAGGAUUGGGGGGAAGCCACACCCAGAGUCCAGUCAGGGAACUGAGAGCCCUGGGGGAGACAGCUGAUGUAAGUAACGUAGUGUCUACGUUGACACUGCAUCGCCCUAACUACACUGCCAUAAGCCCUAUGCCUCUGGUGGAGGUGCAGUUGGAGUUAUGUGGGUGUAGUAGGUAUCCUAUUGGCCAGAGCAAGGCUGUAGUGUAGACAGUGACUUAAUUAGGUUGACAUAAGUUGCCUUAUGUUGACCUAACUAUAGCAUAGGUUAGGACUUAGUCAGGAUAGGCUUCAGGCCUGCGGAAAUUACUCUUUCUGUGGCCUUAGACAAAUCACUAAGGGCUUGAGGUAGAAAUAACUCAGAAAUCACGGACAUACUCUCAGCCAAACUGCAGAUAGCCCAGUAGUAAGGUUCUAAUGUCACUUUCACCCUGAAAUGAAAAUACCUCUUGGAUCAAACACUUCAAAGUGGGCCUUUGACUUUCAUUUUCUGUUAGAAAUUUUCUUCAAUGGGAUUUAGGUAAAUUUCUAUCUAAAUCACUUAAAUAAUUUUGAAAAUUUUACCCUUCUCCAUUAUGGAGGAGCCACAGGCAUGCUAGAUAGGAGGAGGAGGAGAUCUUUCUAGUAAUUGUAAUGGUUAGCUACUAUAGACACUAGGUGAGAAACUGGUGGCAUUCCUACCCAAAGCAAAACAAACUACUACUACUCCCCUCCUAGGGACUCUCUUGGGUAGCAGUACAAUCCAGAGCAGGGCUGAUGACAGAAUUAGGCUCACAGGAUAAACACUUCAUAGACUAUCAGGGUUGGAAGGGACCUCAAGAGGUCAUCUAGUCCAACCCCCUGCUCAAACUUGAACUGAGACUGCAGAAACCAGGUUUGUGGGAGCUGCACACAGCAGGCUUAGGGUUUAAUGCAGUCUUGUAACUGCGGGUGGGGUGGGGUGGAAAGAAACCUCUGCAAAACUACCUAAAGUGAGGAUUCAGCUCCAUGGCAGACAGUCUUUAAAUGUGGGACCUGUUUACUUUCAGGGUGAUCGCUGCCAUUCAAGAGAGCAGGGGGGUGCUGCUGGGCAAAGGUCAGUAACCACUAUCUACAGCAGCAUGUUAGGAUGCUGGAGAAAUUAAUUUUAGUUUGGAAUAAAGUAUAAACAAAGAUCCAACUUCAACUGAUGAUUCAAAGUAGUUUCAGAUUUAGUACAACUUUCUUUCCCUCUGGUUAUUUGUAAGUAAAAUAAUGCAAUUCUUAUACUGCAGCUUUACAAGAACAUGUUUAAGCAGAGCAUAAGUUACCAGUUUGGUAACAACUUUCAGUAAACACUCUGGCUCACGCUUCCUUUUGCCUGCAGUAGACAGUAAUUACAAAUGCUCUUUUGUUUUAAAAUCAAUUGAAAAUGUUCUGCACAAAAUACACCUGAUUACUACCUCAGCUGGCCUGAGGCUCUAGAAGUAAUGUGAGGAAGUGUGGGGGGUUUUCACCAGGAAUCUCAGUUCUUUCAGCUUUGUAAGAACCACAGUAGGUUACUGGAGACAUACAUACAUUCAUUUUUACCAGUCAGGAAUAUAGACUUGCUUCUCUUCCUUUAUAGCAUCAACCAGCGAUGGACUAUGUUUAGAACAUCUGCUGCAUCUUUUUUUUUUUUUGUCUUGGUGGUGGUAGACUUGUUCCACAUUUUCGAGGUAGAGGCUUCAAAAUUCUAUGCCUUACAAUGCAUCUGAACAGAAAUCAAGCACUUAGUAGUUAUUGUUUAGGGGAAAUUGCUCUGUUUACUCCCUGAUUACUUUUUCACUUUUAUCAACUAUUCUGUACAGUGGAGCUCAUGCACAUUUGAAAUGGCAGUGGCUGACACUGAAUAUUAUGUACUUUAAAAUACAUUCAAAGAGGCUUUACUUAAGCAGAAAUGUUCAAUUUUUAUUGAUUUGUAUUUGAUACUGAAAAUCAGGAGAAUUACAAAUCUUAUAUGUACAAUUAUUUAUAGAAAUAAAAAUCUGACAUCCAUUGACGGUCUUAAUAUUUGUCUGCUGGAUAGAGAAUGUCACUCAAAUACGACUGUGUAACAAUUGCUCCAUAGGAAUGUCUGUUUUACAACCUUCAUUUUACAUGCUGGAGAUAAAUAAAGAGUUAAUUGAACUGUA